AGUUCAUUCGUGAUCGGAGAGAGUUCAGCUGUACCGUGUAUUUCUUUCAUCUUAAUCUUUCACACAGUGUGACAUGAGCUCUCUGAGAUCCACUGUGUCUGUUCUUCAUCCAGAGAUCAUGAUGGACUUCUUUAUUGUGGCUUUGCUUUCUUCUCUCCCUGCGGUGGGGGUUACAGUUACAGUAACAGUCGGUGAUAACGCCAUCCUGCCAUGUUACCUGGAGCCUCCAUUCAAUGUGAGGACUCUAACGGUGGAGUGGAAACGUGAUGGACAAUCUAUCCAUGUCUGGCGACAAGGGAAGGACUAUCUAGAUCCUCAGGAUGAGAACUUCAGAGGUAGAACAUCUGUCUUCCAUGAAGAAAUGAUCAGAGGAAACAUUUCACUAAAACUGACCAACGUAACUGAACUGGAUGCUGGAAGUUACACCUGUAAUGUUCCCAAACUGCAAAGUCAGGUCAGGAGAGGCUUCAUUAACCUCACUGUUGAGCCAGUGGAGAACGGGAACAAAGAAAGUCAAACUGGUGAUAUCAACACAGAGCCAGGUAAGUGCUGUCUUUACUGCAGUCCACAAUGUACACAGAUAUCACUCCUGUUUCUCUCCUCCUUACAAUAUGAACCUGAGAAUGAGCAUAAUAUGACCUCUUUAACCUCAAAAGUAAUCAGAGCAAUUCUGAAUGUAAUGCUUCAUUUGACAGGAUGCCAUUCUAACAAAUAAUGAACUCAUUCAUCAUCUCAGA